GGUCUCGCUUAGCAUUACGGCAAGCCGAGACGGUAGUUCCAUUGAAGUACAAGAGAGUCCUCAGCAUCCGGAUUCACUCCCCCACUCGUAAAGACUCCUGCUCAACUAUUCUGGCGAACGAUCUAACAUUGCAAGGCACAUCAAUGGAGGAUUCGAAGCGAGAAGUUAACAUAGACUCUUUGCGCCGCGACGCCACUGAUGGAUCAUAUCACUGCCCACAAUGCAAUGCUCCCUUCACGAGGAGAUCGAACUUAAGGAGGCACUAUCAUAUUCACAAACGCAACAUGAGCUUUCAAUGUGCAAAUUGCAACGCAUCUUUUCCAUCGAACGACGUCCUGCAAAGUCAUGUCGUACAUUGCCCACCUACUCCCACAUGGGAUCCAGCGGCGGAUCCUCUUUUCCAGGCGAUGUCUUCAUUCACUCCCCAUUCCCUUGAACCUACAGGAAACGGCAACUUGGGCAUUCUUGGCUCAAAUUCAACAAGCGAUGCGGAUUUUACAGAUUUCCUCUCAUCGUUAUCUUCCGAAGUCCCGCAGCAGUUUGAUGGGAGUUUUCAGUAUGGAUUUUCACCAGAGCCGACAAAGAUGUCCCCUUCCCCUGCGCGAACAUGUAGUCCAUCAUCUGCAAGCUCGUCAUCGGCUUCGUCAUCGUCGUUCAUCGCAUCACCUGAUUUUACACUAGAUCCACGGCUGUAUAAGUCUGGCUCUUCACAAUCUCUGUUUUCAUCGCAGCCCUCGCCCACAUUCCAGACAGUGGACCCGACAUCGCUCUGGAAUAGCAGAGGAAACUCCCUUGAUCGACCAAUUUACACGAGCCAACAAGUUGGAGAUAUGUUGGACGCUGUCAGUAGUUGUCUGAUUGGCACAAUCGACACUGUGAUGAGGACAUGCCCACAUCCGGACGGCGGCUUCAACACGUCGAGUCUACUCCCCGCCCCAGGCGCGUACAGUAGGAAUCCGGAUCUGAAGCGGAUGAUUCUAAACGAAGCCCUACCUCGCUUGAUCGCCGGGCUAGACGACACGAGGGCCCCCUCAGACCCCGUAGGGUUCAACCAUAACAUACAUCCGCACUAUAACCUUCGGAGCAUGUUGACGAUACGGAGCCAGUCGUCAUUUGGUUUGCAAAGAAAGAAGGCAAGAAAGCGAGUGGGAAACCAGAUACUUCCGCCCCCCUGCAACUCGACUUUCACUCUCUUUCACCCUCUCAUGUCCAAGGGGAUUCAUUCGAACCUUGCCCACAAUCGGAGAGAAGAGAGUUUCGGCCCAUCCAUCGUGCACCCCCAUCACGAUCCGCCCUCCACCUCGCACCGGAACGAAGAAAGCCUGCGCCCGUAUGGUGAAAAGCCCUCCCAGCAAUCGACAUCGGUAGGGAGAAUGUUUGUCGUUGGUUGGAGGAAAGCGAGGGAGUGGAUAUGGGUGUGCGAUAACGAUGGCAGCGGCCACAUCGGGAACUUCGAUGCAAAGAGAGAAUUUAUGCUGAGUUUCUGCAUAUGUGUAUCAGGAUUCCGUAACGAGAGACUAACGAGGUUGGCGACCUACCUGGGGAAGGGUAGCGAUGUUGUCUUGUCAGCACCAUUAGUUGGUGGACACGCCAAGUAG